AUGUCAGACGUCCCCAUAGAGACCCUCGUCGAGCACCUCCUCGCCGCCAAACGCUCCCUCUCGACCAUGACGGCCGUGGUCCGCGCCAACGAGAUUUGUACCACCGCGCUCCACGCCUACGAGGAGUCCGUCGUCCUCAACGCCGAAACCGAGUACCUCCGCCGCGGAAUGGCAAACCAGCUAUCCGUGCUGGCCCGGGUGAAGCGGAGUCUGAACCGGACGUACGACGCGGGAAAGAAGGAGUUCAAGCAGCUGAUACGCAUGAUGGACGCGGCGGACGCGCGGAUGCAGGCCACCACCGCCACGCUGCGGGAGAGAAUCGUGCAGCCCGAGUUUAGGGAAGGCGAGAAUGAUGGUGUUCAGAGGUCUUUGUUGGACUUUGUCGCUGACGAGCGUGUCUCGGAAGUGGUCAAGGCUCUGAAGGCAAGCGUGAAGGAGUUGCAAAAGGGCUGCCGAAGCGACCCAGCAGCAAGACGGGCUCAAUGUCUCCAUCUCGGGGUCAUUGCUGAGCAAGAAUCGCACGUCUCGGACUUGGAACCCAUCACGUCCCAAGACCGUGCGGAUAUGGUCAAGAUUGUUGUUGAAGAUGCUUCGGAAGUAGAGGUGGUGGUUCACGAAAUCAACGAACGCCUAGCCGCCAUGGAGAAUGAGUUUUCGUUGCUCGGGCGCGAGGCCAAUCAUAUCCGCCGCGUCUACGCGGGCACGCAAGAUGCGUUCCGGGUGCUGGAGGAUAUCGGUGGCAAGCUCGUCAUCUACGGGGCCAUCUUCACCAAGCUCGAAGAGAUGGACCGGCUGAGAGAGUUUUACCAAGGCUACGCCGGUGCCUACGAAAGGCUCAUUCUCGAAGUCGAUCGACGACGCGCGGUGGAGGACCGCGUUCAGGCCAUUUGGAGAAAGGCGAGGGAGAGCGUGGACAGGCUCGCGCAGGAAGACCUGCAGCAGCGAGAAAACUUUAUGCAAGAUAUUGGCGAGUACAUCCCCACCGACCUUUGGCCCGGCAUGAACGCCAGCAUGAAGCGGUGGGAGAUUCGGCCAGUAGCCGAGGAGGGUAUGGACCCCCAGAGGAGUACUCCGGCGCUAUCGCGAAGUGUGGUUGAAGGCGCCAAGGCCAGACUUGGUGCAGGAUUAAGUAGGUGA